AGCCUCUGCCUUCCGCCACAUCUGCAGCCUCCCCGUAGCUCGAGAUGGACCCCAACUGCUCCUGCGCAUCUGGUGACGCCUGCACCUGCGCUGGCUCCUGCAAGUGCAAGGAGUGCAAAUGCACCUCCUGCAAGAAGAGCUGCUGCUCCUGCUGCCCUGUGGGCUGUGCCAAGUGUGCCCAGGGCUGUGUCUGCAAAGAGACAUCUGACAAGUGCAGCUGCUGUGCCUGAUGUGGGGAAAAUCCUGUUCCCAAG